AUGAAUGAACGAGAUCAACACUGCCAGCGAAUUAUCUGGUGCGAUGAGGAGGGUAUGCCUGCCGAAUACGUGGUAACGGUAAUGACGUCUGGCGCCAAAUGUUCACCGAGCUGCGCCCAAUUUAUAAUCAACGAGAAUGCGGCACGUUUUGCAGAACGCCUUCCCAAAGCAGUUGAAGUCAUCAAGAACGGUCAUUACGUUGACGAUAUGUUAGUCAACGUCGACACAGAAGAAGAGGCAAUAAAGCUAGCGAAGGAUAUCCAGUACAUCCACCUACAGGGCGGCUUCACAAUGAGAAACUGGAUCUCAAAUUCAACAUCCGUCAUGCAAGCACUGGGUGAAACUGGAAAGGUCGAGAAAAGCUUGAGUAUAAACGAUGAAACGGUACUUGAAAAAGUCCUCGGAAUGUGGUGGGACACUAAGACGGAUACAUUCCGCUUCAAGCUCUCCACUGAGCGUAAUCAAAACAUUUCGUCUGCUAACAAAAACCCCACCAAACGCGAUGUAUUGCGCGUGCUAAUGUAA